CGGCUGCGCCUGGCGCUCCUGCGUGCUGUGCGUCAGUUGUUCGCCAUGCAGCGCGUGCUUACGCAGAGAGUGGCGCUGCUCCUCGCGCUCAGAACUAAACUCUGUCCGCGUGUCGGAUCCACGGCGGUCAACAUGUCGACGCUGCUCGUGAACCAGCCGCAGUACGCCUGGCUGAGAGAGCUGGGCCUCAGCGACGAUAACCACGGCGUGUAUAACGGCUCCUGGGGCGGCCAGGGACAGGUGGUCACUUCCUACUGUCCAGCCAACAAUGAGCCCAUCGCCCGAGUGCGCCAGGCCACCCUGGCAGAAUAUGAGGAGACCGUGCAGAAAGCACAAGAAGCGUGGAGAGUGUGGGCAGACGUUCCUGCUCCCAAGAGAGGUGAGAUCGUGCGUCAGAUCGGCGAGGCUUUGAGAGGGAAGAUCACGGCUCUGGGCCGCUUGGUGUCUCUGGAGAUGGGCAAGAUCUAUGUGGAGGGUGUCGGGGAGGUGCAGGAGUAUGUGGACGUGUGUGACUACGCUGUAGGACUGUCCCGUAUGAUCGGAGGACCCAUUCUCCCCUCAGAAAGGCCGGGUCAUGCGCUCAUCGAACAGUGGAAUCCUGUGGGUUUGGUGGGGAUCAUCACUGCCUUUAACUUCCCUGUGGCUGUGUACGGCUGGAACAACGCCCUCGCUCUCAUCUGUGGAAACGUCUGUCUUUGGAAAGGAGCGCCUACAACACCCCUCACCAGCGUCGCUGUCACCAGGAUUGUAGCUGAGGUGCUGGAGCGCAAUCAUCUUCCUGGAGCGAUCUGUUCGAUGACCUGUGGAGGUGCUGACAUCGGCACGGCCAUGGCCAGAGAUGAGCGGGUGGGUCUGGUGUCCUUCACAGGAAGCACUCAGGUGGGCAAACAGGUGGCCAUGAUGGUACAAGAACGCUUCGGUCGUCAGCUGCUGGAGUUGGGAGGAAAUAAUGCCAUCAUAGUGUUCGAGGACGCUGAUCUGAAUCUGGUGGUGCCGUCUGCUGUCUUCGCCUCUGUGGGAACGGCUGGCCAGCGCUGCACUACGACCAGACGACUGAUGCUGCAUGAGAGUGUACAUGACGAUGUUGUGGAGAGGAUCGCUAAAGCGUACAAGCAGAUCCGCAUCGGUGACCCCUGGGACCCGAGCACUCUCUAUGGCCCUCUGCACACCGAGCAGGCCGUUCAGCAGUAUCUCUCAGCUGUAGAGCAAGCCAAGCAGCAGGGCGGCACUCUCGUGUGUGGAGGAAAGGUAAUGGAGCGCCCGGGUAACUAUGUGGAACCGACCAUUAUCACUGGACUGCCACACGACGCUCCCAUAGUGCACACAGAGACCUUCGUGCCCAUCCUUUACGUGCUUAAAUUCAAGACGGAGGAUGAAGCGUUUGCCUGGAAUAAUGAAGUGAAGCAGGGUCUGUCCAGCAGCAUCUUCACUAAAGACAUGGGUCGAGUGUUUCGCUGGUUAGGACCCAAGGGCUCUGACUGUGGCAUCGUGAACGUCAACAUUCCCACCAGCGGCGCAGAGAUCGGAGGAGCCUUUGGAGGUGAGAAACACACCGGAGGUGGACGUGAGUCUGGCAGUGACUCAUGGAAGCAGUACAUGAGAAGAUCCACAUGCACGAUCAACUACAGCAAAGAUCUUCCACUGGCCCAGGGGAUCAAGUUUGAAUGAACCGCAUCGCUGCCUAGCUAACUGUGAGAGAUAGCAUUGAUGAUGGACAAAACACUGUUUCCAUGUUGAUCUGUGUUUGUAUGAACACAUAAAGUAGUCCCAAACCUUUGAUAGCACUUAGCCAUAGCUUCUAGUCUUGAUGUUUCUUACCAAUAAACCAUGAAAGACUAA